AUGCUACCACUCGAGACCCACCCCAACUUCGCCGUUGACAUCAAGCUUUUGACCGGAGAGCGCUUCAACGACACCCAGCGAUCAUGUCACGGCUGUGGACAGAGGCUCUGGGCGGCAGUGGAGCGAGACGGCAGGCUAGUUCCCCAUGGGAUCCCCAAGCGCGAGACGGUCCUUAAAGAGGGGUUCAUGAACAGAGACCACCGCAGGGGCUCCAAGAAGCGCAAGAAAGAUGAUUCCCAGCGCGAGCUCACCCCAUGGCUCGGCGCUUGGAGGCAUACUUUCGCCUGGCGAGACCAGUUUCUGACGAACCUCGUCCACCUCCCAAACCCCCAUCAAUACCUCUUCUUCUACCCUGGGUCAGCCCCUCGCGAUGCCGUCUUCCACACCAUGCGGCUCAGCUCCCCAAGAAUUGUGUACGAGUGGGCGUACCUCUGGCCUCUGCCGGAGUUGCCCGCGCUCGAAUCCAUCUUCUUCAUCCAGCCCGGGGGGGCGCACCAACCAAGGAAGUUGGCUUGUGAUCCGAUGCCGCCCCAUCCAGUUAGGUUCUCGUACCGCACUCAGCCCCCUUUUCACGGCGGCGUGCUCUUCUUCGCUCGAGCCCCCUGUCUGUACGCUUACUACGAAAAGGCUGCCGACCUGGUCCCGGAAGACGCACCACUCUCGCAGAAGCAGCGCCUGGCCGAAGACACGGUGAAAAUCACGCGCGAGAUCCCCGCAGAGGUGUACGAACGCGAGCUGCCCCUCCUCAUCGAGCAGUUUCGAGCGCAUGCCCAACGAAAGACGCCGUUGCACACGGGGCGCCUGCCCGGGAACUUCAUGCUCAUCGCCAACAUCCGACAGGACUGGCGUCGGGAAGAGUCGGGUCGGAUUUUGAGGGCACGCGUGGUAGAGCCCGAUCUCAGGGCGAAGAAGCACGGGGCGACAGCCAAGCGGCCCGACUGGCCGGUCCUCGUGCGCGUUGUGCCAGGGGCGGAGGCGACGCUUGACUGCUCGUGCGAGAUGAAAGCGUCGGGUGGGCGGUGUUACCACAAGGGCGUCUUGGAGGCCCUGCACUCCGAGCUGCGCGACCUGCCCGUGUACUGUUCCGAGGACGCGCUGGUGCGUAUCGGCGGCUCUGUCCGCAAGCCGACUUUCAAGGAUCUGGACGGCACCGCGACGAAGGCGCUCGAGUGGAAGGUCAAAGACGCCGAGGGGGGCGGUUCUGCGGAGACCGUCACCUUCUACAUCCAUCACGCUGGGGCCUCUGGGACGCUCAUCGCCGAACGGAAGGAGAGGAAAGGGGGGGCUGCUCUGGAGUGGGCGUGCGCCAAGUGCCCACUGGGCAAGACGGACCUGGAGGGGCGCUGCGUGCAUUCCUAUCGGAAGGCGGGGUUGACCAGCUUCGUGCAGCAGGGGGAUGGGGUGGACGAGCCGUCGAGUCCCGAAGAGGUCUGGGGGCAAGACUAUGGGGUCAAGCCGUACCCGAAGCUCGGCACGGCGACGGCGGUCGUCUGCACCGCCUGCCCGCGCGGCUACCGCAACCUGGCGGAGGACGCGAGCGAGACCCGGAGGCACGCCUGCCGCCACCUGGCCGAGUUUCCCCUUGCACAGCCCCCUCCGGAGCGCACGGCAGAGCAACUGCGCGAGCGGCCGAUCCUGUACGGGCCGCACCUGCGGGUCGCGCACGUUUGCACCACGGCCUGCGACCUGAGGCCCUGCGGCCAGCUACCGCCCCGGCACGACAAGGUGAAUCAGACCGCCGAGCACGACGCGAGCGUGCAGGAUAUCUCAAGGUGGUGCGCCCUGGGCACAUUCUGCCAGGACCGCCCUGCCAGCCCUCCCCCUUGCGGCGGGGGUUGGAAGCUAGGGUGGAAAAAGAAGGGGACGGGCAAGGCCCGGCUGUUGCGCCUCAACUCGCUGCAGGAGAUCUCCCUUGGCACCUGGAAGUGCUACCCACGAUGCCCGUCAAAGUGCGCGCUCAAGUUCGACGCUGCCAGCCUCGGGCUCUACUUCCUCUCUCCCAAGGUCCUGUGCACCCAGCCGGUGCUGAAGGCCCUCGAAGACGCCGUGUACAACAAGCACCAGUCAUUCAAACAAGCUGCGCAGACGUGGGACGCAACCGCUCGCCGCACCUCUUCGCCUUGCAACGAGCGGAGGCUCGAGAUUUCGACCAAGUGCGAGUCCAAGCCCAUGCCGACGGGAGAGCCCAAGGGGGACGAGGAGACUGGGACGAAAGACUCAGGGACAGCAGCUUGGGAUGCAAUCCUGGGGGUGAGCGGCGUACGGUCGCUCUGCGAGGGAAGGGCACGUGACGCCAUCAUGCGAUACAUCCAGCACCUCGACGACCACUCGGUCGAGCAGAAGAUGCGCGAGCGCGAGGGUGCAGUGGAGGCCAUGGCGUUGCCGCCUGUCCCACGCCGACAGCCCGACUUCGUGCCUGCAACGGGGAACGAGAAGACGCCUUCCUUUGUACUCUUCGUGCCGCCCGCCGAACCCACUGAGGACCUGGUGGGGGCAAAGGUACAAAAGUACUUCCGGGAGAACCAGGCCAAACGGACGAAAGGUCGGACGUACCUGGGUGUGGUGACGGAGUAUGUCUACGAAAAGCUCCAGUGGCGGCAAUUGAGAUGGGUGGACGAGUCAAAGGCCAGAAAGCCAUUCUUUUUUCCGCACGACGGCCCGCCUGGCAAAGGGAUCGUGCACGAGAAGUUCUGCCCUGCAUGCAAUGCUUUCUUUUCGAGAAGCUACUACUGUUCACCAGACUCUGAGGUGCGCCGGCCAUACCCUGCUGCCCACGACAAUGACACGUGGCUGGAGCUGACGGGGGAGACGCUGAUCGGCAAGGAGCUGCUCCGGCGCCAUGAUGAACACCUGUACUAUAUGCACGCCAGCUUCGUCUCUGCAGUUCGUGCUCACAAUGCGUCCUUCGACCUUGACCGUUUCUCAGAAGAGCCUGCGGCAGCUCUCCAGCGGGUGCAGCGAAAACGGUCUCUAAGGGGGAGUCUAAACAGGCAACGAUUCGAGCACGCAUACUUUCAGUUCUGGGCCGUCCGAUUCUGCCAGGAGCACAGCCCCAGCUUGCUAGAGGAACUAGAUUUGCGUGACCCGAUCGACAGCAUCCUCAGCUGUCUCAACGAUCCGUUCUGGUGCCACCUGCGAGACGAGGCUCUCGAGCACAGCAAGCGCUGCGAGAAUGAGCUCUGCGGGAGGUAUUGCCACUUCGACGGCAAUGCCAAGGUCUUUCGGGCAUGCUGUGCAAACAAGGAGGAUGAGCUUUUCCAGACCGCAAUCGGCCGGGUUGUGAAGGGUUGUCCCAGGACCCCACUCAAGAGCAAGAAGUACUGCCGCGUGCACCACGCAGGAGUGCCGGCCGGAAGUGCGGCAGUGCCGGGCGAUGCGGGGGGCCAGCCGGGACAGCUGGGGCAGCCGGGACAGCUGGAAGCAAUCCUGGGGCUAGGGGACGGUCAGAUCGCCGAGGUCGGGGCGGGCGAUGUGGAGGAGAUCGAUCUCCGGGACCUCGACAGCGACGGCGAGUACGAUGAGGGGGACGACGAGUCGGACGUUGAGGGAGGGGCCGAGGAAGAGCGAGGCGGUGCGGCGGGCGGGGGGGGUUCGGAAAUCGAGGGUGCUGCUGCGUCCGCUGAGAAGUGGGACAUGGAUGCUGGGCCGGUGUCGCUGCGGACGCGGAGGAACAGGAAGCUGCUGCAGGAGGACGAGUCGCUGUACGAGGCGGAACGAAUCGAGAUGAGCAUGCUCAAAAACGGGGUACCGAUUUACCUGGUGAAGUGGAAAGGUUGCUCGGCCAUGGAGAACACGUGGGAGCCAGAGGAGAACGUCACCGUCUUUGGCCGGGACCUGUUGGACGAGUACCUUCGCUCGCAGCCGCAAGGCGACUUCUACACCCGCGACCGCGAGGACCAGGUCCCGGAUCCCGCGCCGGAGGCGGCUGCCGACAAGCCGCGCCGGCAGACCAAGCUGACAGCCUGCACCCCACGUACCGGCUCCGACGGUCGCGGCGUGACCGCCGGCACACUGGUCGCCUUCUGGGUGUGCGGGUACAUGUUCCCCCCGCUAGAGCUCAUCCUCUCGGAGUCCACCACCAUGGUGCACCACUACAUGACGCUCCUGUUUGCGCACGUGCGGCUGCCCGAGUUCAUAGGCAUGGACGACAUGUGCCACUGGGCACGGUUUGCGGCAAGCGGCGGGCGGACCGCGAUGCAUGACAAGACGCGCGAGUUCCACGAGGAGACGAAAAAAGUCGUGGACAAGUUCCACUUCAAGAAGAACCAUGUGGGCCGGUGGUGCGCAGAACACACAAACCCGUACAAGCAUCCCGAGCUGGAGUCGGCGAACAUGUCGGUGUGCGAACAGCGCUUUAAAUGGUGGGGCCAGUUCCGAACAUCUCUGAGGUACAUGUCCGAGCACCGCUUCCGCUUCAUGAUCCUGGUGAUCACAAAGCUGGAUCACAUGAAGCGAAACGCGGAGCAAGACAGGCAGCUGCGGGCCCUCGCUGCGGCCCACGCCGCCACCAGGACCACCAAGGACAGACAAGCUACCACUGCGACACCUACACUAGCGAAUCAGGUGAUCGAACUCUCGGUCUAG